AGAGAUUGAGGAGUAUUUUGUGUGUUGGCUUUCUUCAGAGUACGGAGGAGCAGAAGUUGAUCUACUCGGGCCAGUUGCUGCACGACACAGUCGUCCUCAAGGAUAUCCUGAGACAGUAUGAGGGCCAGGAGACUCACACAGUACACCUUGUGUUCACCCCGAAGAUGAAUCCGCGAGACAGUGCUUCAGGAAGUGCAGAAGGUACCAAGAAAACAUCCAAUCACGACAUCCGUACUGCAAUGGACAGCGAAGGAUUAAGACAACGACGUCCAUUGAGCGGAGACCAAGUGGGAAAUAGGACAGAAGGCAGUGGGUCAGGAGGUGCUUCGGCGACACGACCGAACAAUGGCAAUGGGGCUCAAUUUGGGGAGAUACCGCAACCGCAGCAAAAUAUGGGGCAUUUUACAGCGGCACAGCAUCUGGCGUACCAUCAGUGGCUGCAGCAGGCCUAUGUGGACUACAUGAAUCAGUAUAUGAGCCUGAUGUCACGUCCGGGAGUGCAGGGAAUGUAUCAGCCGCCGCAGGUGCCCAGUUAUUUUCAGCAGGGCACUCCGGCGGUGGCUGAUCCAGUGGCCAAUGUUGAAGUCCAGGCGGCUCCAGCUGAGGCUCAAGCGGCGGCAGAGCCGAAUCCGCCACAGCCGCGUUUUCCGAAUUUAGUGCGCGAUGAGGGUCCGGAACAGCGAGAUUGGCUGGAUAUUUUCUAUGCCCUGAGUCGACUGUUUGUACUCAUAACUCUUGUGUAUUUCUAUUCAUCACCAACGAGGUGCCUAAUUGUCGUGGCGAUUGGAAUUCUCAUCUACCUCUAUCACACGGGUUUUUUCCGGAAUUUGGCGCCGGCAGAGGGGAACAACAACAACAA